AAAGGAGAGAACGACAAAGGAAAUAUCAUGAAUAAGGUCCAACCCUCCAUUGCGUCAGCCCAGCAGCAAGCUAGCUUCUCCAAUAGAAGAGUGAGAGUACUAAUUUUAAGCAUUUACUUGUGAUAUAUAGUUGACUCGUGAAAAGCCUAAUGUACGUUUUAUUUGUGCAUGAACCAACAAAAUCAUAUCCCUAAGAAAGAAACUGUGCAACGAAUUGAAUGGUCAGUGUCGGUCUAAAUCCGACAUAUAAUGACGGCCGAGCGAUCCUUAAUUCGAUCAGCAGAUAGGCGGAUGCAUGGCUAAAGAUAUAUAGAGAGCUAGAUCUAGUAAUUAAGGUAGCUACAAUUGCUCUCCAUCGUUCGUUCGUUGGUACCAUGCAUGCUCAGGCUCUCAUCAUCUCGCUAUAUAUGGAUGGAUGUUCCUUACAAAUAUAGCAUCUCGCUGGAUCAUAUCGACGGAUCGAUCAGUUACAUACUUAGAGAAAGAUAAAUAGUUGAUGAUGGCGCGGUGGUCCGUGAUGAUAGUGGCGGUGAUGGCGGUGGCGGCUAGUGUUGUCGUUGGCGCCGUGCGGGAUGACGACUUCUUCGUGGAGGGCUCGGUGUACUGCGACACAUGCCGGGCGGGGUUCGUGACGAACGCGACGACGCCGAUCGCGGGUGCCAAGGUGCGACUGGAGUGCCGGCACUUCAUGAGCGCGAGCGGCGCGGUGGAGCGGUCGGCGGAGGGGGUGACGGACGCGGCAGGGCGAUAUCGCAUCGAGCUGGUGGACAACCGCGGCAGCGAGGAGGUGUGCGCGGUGGCGCUGGUGAGCAGCCCUGUCGUGGGGUGCGCCGAGAAAGAGGUGGGCCGCGACCGCGCGCCCGUGGCGCUGCUGCAGGACGCCGGCCUCGCCACCACCGUGCGCCGCGCCAACCCUCUCGGCUUCCUCAAGGAUCAGCCGCUCCCCAACUGCGGCCAGAUCCUCAGCAGCUACGGGCUCCGCACGGCGCCCAGCUACUAGCUGGCUAGGCCUACUCCCUGCGUGCAGUUUCUCUUCUCUUCUUCCUUCCUCAACACAGCGCGCGCAGCAGCAGUAAUUACUUCGGAACUCUUUCAUUUCCAUGCUUAUUAGAUUACGAAUAAACUCAGUACC